AUGUCUGAGCUAAAGGAAUUGUUGAAGCCAUUGAUUAGACUUUUUUCUGAGGAAACGUUGAAGGGUGUAUUGCUGGCAUGGUUACCUACAAAAUUAGAAAAAUAUUACAUAGGCAUUAUUGCCGUGGAUAUGUUCAUCACAACGUUGGCAGCGACAUUUAUCAUCACAUUACUUCACAGUUCUGGAUUUAUUCUGAAUUUUUUACAAUCGGAGGAAAAGUUAACAAUACAAAUUGAAUAUUAUGUGAAAGGC